UCCUCAGAGUAAAUUAAACACAAACUAAGCCAAAACCAGAAUAAGAGACAUGGGCCAGAGAUACACACUGGUAUAUUCUGCUUUGUGGUCUAGAAACUUCUAUGUUUUUUUGAUGGGGUUACAAUCACAGGAGAUGCAACUCAACCAUUAACUCAAAGGAUUAACUGUAAAGAAGCGAACAAGAGACUCUGCACUGUGACGUGACAUACGGUAAAACAAGUAUCACUGGUUUCUAAGAGAAAAGAUACUUUUCAGUCUCAUUUAUCAUUUCAAUGAUGGCAGCUGCUGAUCUGAGAGAUGAGCUGAACUGUUCCAUCUGCCUGAGCAUUUAUACAGAUCCAGUAUCCUUGCCGUGUGAUCAUAACUUUUGCCAAAGCUGCAUUGAAAGGAUGCUGGAUACCCAGGAAAACUCUGGAGGUUAUUCCUGCCCUGAAUGCAGAGAAGAGUAUCAAGAACGCCCUGCUCUGCAGAGGAACAAAAUACUGGGUAACAUAGCAGAGCGAUUCCUUUCUACUCCCCCAGGGCAGGAUGGGACUGGGAUCUUCUGCACUUACUGUGUCCAUUCCUCUGUACCUGCUGCUAAAUCCUGUCUGCAGUGUGAGACCUCUAUGUGUGAUGACCAUGUGACAGUGCACAGCAAGUCAGCAGAACACGUCUUAACUGAACCCACCGCUUCCCUGGGGAACAGAAAAUGCUUUGUACAUGAUGAGCUUCUUAAGUAUUUCUGCAAUGAGGAUUCGGCCUACAUAUGUGUCUCUUGCUACAUGUUUGGGGAACACAGGACACACCAUGUGGUGUUUCUUAAUGAAAUUUUUGAGAAAAAGACAGAGAAAAUGAAAAAUAUCCUGGAUAAAUUGAUCCCAGAAAGAGAUGAAUUAGAGAAAAGAGUCCAGAGCCUACAGGAGCACAGGAGAGAAGUGGAAGAAAAAGCAGCCGGUGAGACAGAGAGAGUCAGUGCCUUGUUUACCGACAUCAGAGACCAUCUGGAAGCCCUCGAGAAGCAAAUACUAAGUGAGAUCUCCAAGCAAGAAGAGCAGUUGAAUCUUCAAAUCCUUUACCAAAUCCAGCAGCUGGAAAUAAAAAAGGAUGAGCUGUCCAAGAAGAUCCGUCGCACGGAGGAGCUGUGCAACAUGGCUGAAUCAGUAACUAUUUUAUAUGGCAGGACACCAGACAAACCUACAUUUUGUGAUGCUGAGGGGUUAGAUGAUGAAGGCAAAGCCAGAGAUGAUCAAAAAUACCCUGUUAUAGGGGAAAUGGAUCAGGGUUUCAUCUCAGAUAUGUUACUUAAAGGAUUGGGUGGUAUUGGGGCUGAAUUAAACAAAAGAAUUUAUGGUCAGGAGGCUGCAGAUCUUCUAUUAGAUAUACAUACUGCCGGGAAUAAUGUAUUUCUAUCAGAUGAUCAUAAAAUGGUUUUCUGCUCAAAAAAGGACCAACGUCGCCCACGACUUCCACAGAGGUUUCAGUAUCCUCAGGUUUUAAGUACCAUGAGUUUCCCCUCUGGGCAGCAUUACUGGGAAGUGGAGGGCAGAGAAUCUGGAGGCUGGGGGGUAGGAGUAGCCUAUCCCAGUAUUGAGAGGACUGGGGUUCAGUCAUGGAUUGGAAAUAAUAAGAAGUCCUGGUGUUUGUACAGAGGAUAUAGAAAAUAUUCAGUGAGGCACAACAACAAAGUAACUGAUUUACAUCAUGUUCCUUCCUCCCAGAUAAUCAGAAUCUCGCUGGACUAUGAUGCCGGACGUCUGUCCUUUUAUGAGCUGAGUGAGCCAAUAAGACACUUACACACCUUCACUGCCACCUUCACUGAGCCCCUUCAUGCUGCAUUCUGGGUAGGGUUGGCCAAUCUCAAAAUUAUUACCUAGGGCGCUUAUCCCAACUCUAGCCCAAAGUGUAUCAGUGACAUCGUAUUUCAUAAGUGGAAGCACUCAUCUAUAUGUUGACCAGAUGGGAGCUGAUCUAAAUUGCUUCAUAUGCAACAAAGUCAUUAACAAACUAAACCCCCUUUACAAUGACUUGGUGACUUCAGGCAAUCAAAAAUGAGUAGAGAUUUUGGACCUUAAGAUGGUUGGGUUGCUAUGGUCUGGUUUUAAGAUAGAUGAGCUGAUUUUUGUCUUUCUUUGUUUUUUUGGGGGGGAGGUCUGAUGGUAUAGGAGGUCAUAAUAAUUAUAUCUGGGACAUCACACUAAUAUGAAUGCUUAUAGAUAAUAGUCUAUCCAUUAACAGCUGGUAUGUUAUUGUUACAAGCCUAAUAACUGCUCUCUGCGGUGGACAUGCUGCUAUAUUGCUUAGUAGAACAGUCUCCAUUUACUGGAGCUCUAUGUUGUAUUUUCACACUCAGCAUGAAUUGUAUUAAUAUUUGUAAUUUUGUGAUUUUAUUUGCCCAUAAAUAAUAGUUCUUUGAUAUGGCUUAUUUAAUAAUGCCUUAUACUACCUUUAAUACUAACAUCUGUACCUACCACAUCAUUUGGAGGAAAGAAACCACACAUUGAUAGGAAGGUGAGGGUGUUUGGAGGAGAUUUUAUUCCUUUGUACUUAUGUCAGGUUGCUCCAAUUACUGGAUAAUCACUGCCAUAAAAACAGGACUCCUGCACCUGCGUAUCAGAGAAUACACUCCCCCAUGCAAGAAAGUAGAGACAGUCACACGAGUACCAGAAAUUACACUCCCCUAUGCAAAGGACAUAGAGACAGUCACGUGAGUACCAAAAAAUACAUUCCCCAUGCAGAGGAAGUCACAUGUUACAUAAUAUUACACAUUGUUUAUCAGAAAAGAGUUUUAGAUUGGUGACUAUAUUUGAAAAUUCAAGUUAUUUAAUAUAUUUUUGUGUUGAAUAACACACUAAGUUCCAUAUACAAACACACAAACACACAUACAGGCAGACCUGUGCCAUGAUGUCACCCUGUGCUUGCAUAAUUCACUUUGUAAGUUAAACAAUCACCAGUGUGUUUGGUUAAUAAAAUCCCAGUGAUGCAGAAAAUGUCUAUAUUUUAUUCUGUG